AUGCGUUUCCACUGCAUGCCCCUCCUAUACAUUGUCACCUUCUUCGUCCUCAUCUCAGGCCUCUUCUCCGUCCUGCUGUCCCUGGCGCCGUGCUUCGUCAAGUCCAAGAACCACUGCUACCGCGGCUAUGAGUCCCACUUCUCCUUCGACGUCGACCGCGCCAACCACGCCGAGUGGAUGCGCGCCAUCCCGGAUGACACCAACCUCACCAGCCUGUCCAUCCCCGGCACCCACGACACCAUGACCUUCGAUCUCAGCAACGAGGUCUUCCAGUGUCAGAACCACAACCUCUCGGCCCAGCUGCACGCCGGCAUGCGCUACCUCGACAUCCGUGGCCGCCUCGUCAACGACACCAUCGGCAUCUACCACGGCUCCAUGUCCACCGGCUACUCCUACACUGAUGUCCUCCUCACCGUCUUCUCCUUCCUUGACCAACACCCCAGCGAGACCGUCGUCAUGCGCCUCAAGGAGGAGGGCCGGCCCAUCGGCUCCAACACCAUGACCUUUGAGGACGCCUUCAACUUCUAUCUGCACAACUCCACCGCCACCGCCCCCGGCGCCAAGGCCCACUUCCGCAAGCACAACCCCCGCGCGCCCUACCCGGCCCUCGGCGCCCUCCGCGGCAAGGUCUUCCUCCUCCAGAACUUCGCCGCCAAGGGGCCCGAGAGCCCCUACGGCGUCAUCUGGGAGUCCGCCGACAUGGUCCUCGAGGACCUCUGGAUCAUCCCCAGCAUCGACCACCUCUACAUGAAGUGGGAGGCCAUUGAGAACGCCCUGCGCCGCGCCGCCACCGCCAAGGAGCGCGCCAACCGCGUCCUGUACCUCGCCCACCUGAGCGCCUCCGUCGGCGUGCUGCCCAUCGAGGCCGCCGCCGGAAACCUGAACCGCACCGUCGCCGGCAUGAACGACCGCACCGGCGACUGGCUUGCCGCCACCGCCGACCGCGCCGACAGCGGCAAGACCGGCGUCGUCAUCAUCGACUUCCCCGGCAAGGAGCUGGUGGACCAGGUGCUCGCGCGGAAUCGGAUGUUGACGGGCCGGAGUGCCGAGCUGUGA